UUGUCAUGUACGUUCUAUUUUUAUCAAUUUCCAUAAGUGGAUGGCUACAGAAACCCAAGCUAGCGACGUGUCUAAUGGCGCUGACGGGAGGAUUUCGCGCGCGAUUGUGACGGAUUCGUGGCAUUUUUUACGCCAGCUGAUUCAUAAGAUUUCACAUUUUGGUGAUCUUAAAUUCACAAUCAAGUAUCGUAGUGACUAUAAAACACAAAAUAUAUUGAAUUUUAAUCGUAAAUAUGCAUUUAAAUGACUCUUGAAAAAAAUUCUCCCGCCAACCUGCAGGGGGCACGCUGCCCGUACACCCUCGUAGAGCUCUCAUUUUUCUUGUGAUUUCGUCGAUAUUUUAGUGGAAGCAUUUCCAGUUCUAUAAUCGCCCUCUACAAUGGCUCAGGCAGGUUCCUCCUGUGAAACCGGUGAUAAGAGAUUGAACCUGAAGAGGAAGAGAAACUCCACAGAUGAUGAGGUUGAGAACAUGCCCCCAGCGAAGAUUUCACAAAAAUUAGAAGAUGAAUUACAUGAUCAGGCAGCUCAUAAUGUAGUUGUUGAAUCAUCAUCUUGCUCCAGUGAUGAUGAAGUGUACACAAGCAGUGAACAACCAAGGAGUGUUUAUACAGACAUAGAUUAUAAUGCAGAUAGUUUUCUAAGCCCACCGAGUAUACCUGAACUACCAAACUGUGUUCUUAGUCCCUUGGAAAAUGUGGUGAGAGGUGACUCUACACCACACUCUAACAAAAGGCCCAGCACCACUAAGCCCCAAUGCCCAUCGCCUCCCAAACGCAAGUGUCCCCUCCCCGGGCUGUCCUGGGCAGACCCAGCGGAUGUGUGGCGGAGUAUGUGUGAAUGUGAUGCUCUGUCCAGCAUGAAGAAGAACCCCAAUAUGUUUGAUAAUCACCCCAAUUUGCAACCGAGAAUGAGAGCCAUUUUAUUGGACUGGUUGAACGAGGUAUGUGAAGUAUACAAACUGCAUAGAGAAACGUUUCACCUGACCGUGGACUACGUCGACCGAUACCUGUCCAACACUGACGAUGUGCAGAAGGGCUGCUUGCAGCUUAUCGGUAUAACAUGCCUCUUCAUAGCAGCAAAAGUGGAAGAGGUAUACCCGCCUAAGAUCGGUGAAUUCGCGUACGUAACCGAUGGCGCAUGUACCACAGACGAGAUCCUUUUAGAAGAGCAACUAAUCCUGAAAGUUCUAUCCUGGAGUAUAACACCCAUAACGAUAAACAGCUGGUUGAACAUAUACAUGCAAUUGGCCAGUGAGGGUAGAAGUGCAAAAAGAAGACUGCUCGGUGAAAGGGAUGUGGGAGCGAAUGCGUUAAGAGGAUAUACGUUCGUGUUUCCCCAAUAUUCGUCGCUGGAGUUCGUGGUGUGUGGCCAGUUGGUGGAUCUUGCCGUGUUACAUGUUGACGUGAACCAGUUCGCGUAUAGUGCGGUCGCGGCCGCGGCUAUAGCGCACGCGUUUAAUAAGGAUCUGGCUAUGCGCGUGUCGGGCUACAGCUGGGAAGCGCUAUCCCCCAGCUACGCGUGGCUGCAGCCGUUCGCGCUUGUAGUGCAGCGGGCGGGCGGGGUGCGCGUGGUGCGCGGCGCGGACGGCGAGCACGUGCAGCGCGCCGCCGGCCUGCAGCUCAUCUGCCCCGACCUCAACCUGGACGAGAGCCACCGCAUACAGGCGCACAACGUCACGCUGGACAUGUUUGAUAAAGUCUACGAGCUGAUGCUAGAGAGCAGCAGCCAGGACUCCGCCCCGCAGCACGUGUACCCGCCCACGCCGCCGCAGUCCGACCACAAGAGCCCUAAGACCCCCUCCGCUACACCCUCCACAAGACUGUCUCCGCUACCUGAAAUGAGGCUCGGAGAAGUCUGAUGAAGCCAGUGAAAGUGACUAGUGUUGUGAAUAAACUGUAGAUUAUUGUGUUUAUAGUGAUGGGACAGUUAGAACUGUGAAGUAUAAUAAUGAUAAAAAAUGAUGGUCAUAUACUAUAGUAUAACGAUGUUAAAUGUGGAAACUGUACCAUAACUUUUAUUGGUUAAAUUGAUAGAAUACACAGGUAUUCAGUAAGGGAAAGACUGACCUAAGUGAUGCAUGUCACUGAUAACUGUAAAGUGAUAUGUAAUGUCUGAUUUGUGUAAACUCGUUUCUCCUAAAGGUUGGCGAUUAUAUUUUUUGAGAUAGAUGAACUACUAUUAGAAAUGAACCCAGACAACUAGAAUGGGUUCAUUUCAAAUUAUAGUACGAUUCAAACUUAAUGGCGGCUCGGAACAUCGUACGAUCCGAUGCGCACAAAACAAUUUUAGGUAUUAGCGGGACAUUAAGUGACCAGAGCACGUAUCACGAUACACGUAUCUCCAGCUUACGUCAAUCUCACACAUUCAUAAUCGAUUCUAUUAAACUUUACGCUCACAGAAAGCCACUUGUCUAGGGGGGCUGUGCGCACCCGCACUCGCACCUGCACCUAACUUCCGAACCGCCAUUAAGUUUGAAUCGAACUGUAAUAAACAUUUUAUUCUAAGGUAAUCAAGACUUAAUGCUAUGCAUUACAGGAAUGUGAUAAUGAAUUCAAAUGGAGUUAAUGAUUUAAGAGUACUUUAAACUCAAUAAAAAAUCCAUAUGUUACUAGGAAAAAAUAAACAUUAACUGUUUAUAAAAAUUAAUUGAAGCUGUCUUAGAAAAUCUUUAUCUACUACUUUUGCUCUGAGAAAGGCUGAGAAAGGAAACAAGGUAUAAGUGAAUAAAUCUAAUACAAUGUCUUCAAGUUAUGGCACUAACAUUGUUUAUAAAGAAAAGUUUUUACAUCUUUCUCAUCAUCAAACCAUUAGAAUUUACAUAAAGUUUUUUUUUUUUUUUUUGCUACCAUUAUUGCAUGCAGAAAAAAUGAAAUGUUUAUUUAAAUAAAAAACAUUUUUCGGUAUGAAAUCGUAAAAAAAUAAAUAAAUGAAUUUUUCCUUUUCGUAAGGCUAACAUUUAAAAUCAUCUAGGAAGGCAUAUUAAAAUAUUAUUUUCAGCUAGCAAUUUAUUGUUGUAAAAACAAAAUUAAAUGUUGAAGAUAUUAGGGCUAAUAGACGGCCUAGUUGAAGAAAUUUUCGGUAUUUUAAAGGAAAUAUAAAAAUUUAUUUAAAUAACGGUAAAUCAGAACUUGCUCACGAUUAAAAUUUCAAAAUUAACUUAUGCUAGAUGCUUUGUCCAAAACUGAAUAUGUGUGUAUUUAUUUUUCAAUUUUUUUUUUAUGGAAAUGGUACCUAAAUUUGUAAAUAGCCAAAGCAUAAUACCUUAAUAUAUUAUAUUAUGUAAUUACAAAACUACUUAUAAUUGUAAAUAUUAGUUUAAACUUCUUUCUUUGUCAAUAACAGGAACAUCUGUCUCCUAUCACAUAUGUUAUGUGAAGCACUAAUUUAUUAUAUAAACUUAUCAAUAUAAAAUUUGUUAACAUAAGUAAAUGAUUUAUCCAGAUUAAAAAAAUAUUACUUGAAAUAAAAUAUAAUUUGGUACAGAAUUUCAGUAAAAAACGACCUCAUAUUACUAACUUUAUACUAAAGUGUGGUUUGGCAAAUUAAUAUACUAAAAUACUAAUGCCUGAUUGUGCAUGUUACUAACACAUAUUAUGAGGUCGGUCAAAUUAUAAAAAAUACUUUCGAAAAAAUUAAUUCAACUGAAAAAAUUAUAGUUUAAUAAUAGGUUCGUGUACAAAAAUUAAUCUCGACGUAAGAUUCAUUAAUCUUUCUUACAUUCCAAUUUCAUAUUCACAAAUUGCAAAUAUAUUUUUAUAAAACAGAUCAUAGUAAUAAGAAUCAAUGCAACUACUUACUUGCAUGCCUUUUAUUAAGAAAUAAUAAAAAAUCAUUUAUGGUUUAUUACAUCAAGCCCUCCUUUUUCCAAUGCAAUGUUAACAUUAUUAGCCAAAGACUUCUGGAUAAGAGCUUUAACCAGAUGUUAAAUUAGUAGCGAAAUAUUUAUCGUAAAUUAAUUCAAAUUUAUAUAAAUUAUCUCGGUAAUAGACUAAGUAGGUCCAAAUUAUAAUUGAAAUAAUAUUUCGAUUAACAUGGAAAAUAAUAUCUAUAAAAUUAAAUAAGAAGCUUAUAUACUGAUUAUUUUUAAUUUGUUUAAAUUCCAUGAAACAAAUCACAUCAUUUUCGUAUUUUAAGUCGCUUAUUGCUUUAUUAUUUAUACAAUUUUCUAACUGUAUAUAUUUCUAAAUGUUAACUUUCAAUAGCACUGAUGCUAUGUUGAAUAGAACUGACUUAAUGUUAUUUUGACUCACUUAAAAUUAGUGAACAACUUGUUAUAGAAAUGUGUUAUAAUUUAAAAAAUGUUCAGUACAUAGCAUGUAUUUGAAACGUUGUAUGCUUACAAAACUGCAUGUUCUUUAUUUAAUUUACUUAAUAAUUGAUGUUACAUAAAAAAUAAAAUCAGUUGUACAACUGAGAAAAAUAGAAAUUGAGUUUGUAGUUCAAGUUUGAACAAUUAUCCGGGUAUUGGGGUUCUAUCGGACGCACAGAAUAUAUUAUUUUAUUAUUUAUAUGACAUACUUGUUUCGAGUGAUUCUUAUGUAAAACUGACAUCUGUAUAUUUUAGAGCGAAAAAUGCAGAAUUAUCACAAUUUAGCAAAAUUUGCGGUGCCGAUAGAUGCUCAUUUAGUAAAUAAAAAUUGUAGGAAUAAGUCCAACGAUUACGCUUAUAACCCAAGGCGGGCUCGCCUUAUAAAUAAGACUUAGAUUGUUAAUAUAUAAAAAUUUAACCAUAUUCAUAGCGAAUAGGAAUAAGUUAUUUUAUAUCAAUUUAUUUGUAACUUUGUCUCUGGACUUUGGUCACUGGCGUUCACGAGCGAUUGUAUAGCGGCGAUUUGAAAUGCUUCCAAUAAAAUCUACUAAUACUUGAAUAAAAAAACCUUUAUGCAAAUAAGAUGCAUAUAAUGUUCCUAUUAACAUUUCCAGCAAUUUUUUAAAAGCCUUUUCGCACACGUAAAUUCCUCAAGACACAUUUUUUUUUGUACAUAGAACUGACUAAAUUUUUCAAUAAGUUUACGUGUGUGAAAGGCCCUAGUGUAAGGCGCCGUCAUACAAACGCUCGCAGUUUUGCCAAAGCGUGUGUGAUCUCAUAGUGGAAGUGUUUGUAUAGUGCAAUAGUACAUCGUUCCACUCGUUUUGAUGUAAUUUUGAAUGGCGAAUAGUAUUAAAUAAAUGGUGUUGAUGAUCUUUUUCAAUCAAA